AUGUCUUCUAGUCAUGCCAGAAACAGGAAGAAAGCCAACCAAUGCAGUGAUGAUGCUGAAGGAAAACAAGAAUCUCUUAGACAAGAGCCAAAUAAGUCAAGUUUUCAAUUGCCAUAUGGUGCUUCUGGAUCUCUGGUGCUCUCGGCUCCCACCAUCAUGAAAAUAGCAAAACAAAGAUUACUCAGUCAUAUUUCGCAGAAAUUUGAUGCUUAUUCCAUCAUUUUUAAUCCCCUUCCUGCUAAUUCUGGUCUGUCUCUUGAACUGGUGCAGGAUUUGAACCUAGCUGAACUACUUCAAGCUUCUGCUCAACUGGUUGCUACUCAAUCAUUUGAUCGUGCUAGAAAGCUGCUAAGCUUGUGUAACCAAUCUGCUUCUGCUACUGGUACUCCGGUCCAGAAAAUUGUGUAUUAUUUCGCUGAUGCUCUUCAACACAGGAUUGAUAGGGAGAUGGGGAAAAUACCCUUUACUGGAGAAGAAGAUGUUGAAGUAUAUUCUAAUGAUGUGGAAGAGUUUAUCAUGGAUUUAGAAGCUGCUGAAUUUGCAAAGAGGCCAUUGUAUGCGUACCGCCAAGCUACUCAAUUCAUUGGAAUAGAAGCCAUUUUAGAUAGUACAAUAACAGCAAAAAAGGUUCAUUUGAUUGAUCUUAGUAUAAAAAGCGGGUCACACUGGACAACGUUUAUGCAAGUUGUUGCUGAUCGAGAUGAAUGCCCACUCGAGCAUCUCAAAAUAAGUGCUGUUGGAAGGUCUAAAAAGAUGAUGGAAGAUGUAGGGAGGAGAUUGUCAGCUUUUGCUGCUGAGACAGUAAUAAACGUAUCUUUUCGCUUCAAAACAGUUGUUUCGGACCUGAAGAAUCUUAAGACAGAUUCCUUUGAGGUAGAGGCUGAUGAAGUCGUCGCAUUUUACUCAGAUUCAAUCCUUUGGACUAUGUUGGCUUGGCGUAAUGAACUUGAAUCUUUGAUGAAGGUUAUAAAAAGCCUUAACCCUUGCAUAAUGGUGGUCAUUGAGCCAGUAGCAAACACAAAUGUACCAGAUUUUAUAGAUUCGUUCGACAAGUCUUUAGCUUACUUUAGUGCUAUUGCUGAUACUUUUGAGGUUCACCACAAGGGCAUACCAAUAUGUGCAGAAUUUUACAUACAAAAAACCAUCAGAAAUAUGGUCACAUAUCAUGGAAUAGAGACUGUUCCCCGCUUUGGGAAUCUUGAAGUGUGGAGGGACUUGUUUGCCAGGUUCCAUAUGGUGGAAACAGAACUGAGCCACUCAUCCUUGUGCCAAGCAAGUUUACUGUUUGAGCGAUCCAAGUUCCACGGAUUAUGCAACUUCGAGCUGGAUGGGAAAUGGCUAGUUAUCAGUUGGAAAGGAACCCCAUUUACCUCUGCUUCCGCUUGGAAGUUCCAAUAA